AUGGGCGAACCGGCGAUUAAGAAGCGGCGGCUGAGCCCUCCUGGAGAUGAGAAUGGAGCUUCCGCCGCUCCAGGAUUUCUGCAGUGGGAUUUGGRGCAGGAUUACGAAAACCGAUCGCGCAAGAAGAAGAAAGAGGCCAGCAAACAGGAUCGGUUGAUGAUCAAGACACAGGAUGGUCAGAUCAAGGAGAACCCGCGAUUGGAUGUCGUGGAGGAGAAGGAGACGCCGCAGAAAGAUGAAGACGCAGACAGUUUUCUGGCAAGCGACGACGAUGAGGUUGUGGUGGAAGCGGUCAAAAAGCCAUCUGUCCCCGUCAAAGAGCAGAUCAGACUGGCCAAGGAGGAACUUGCCCGCCUAGCCGCUCAGCUCAGUGAGAAUCCAGAAGAAAAUGUUGGCCAGCUGGGAGCGCUCGCCGAAAUGGCCAACGCGCACAAUGUUACAAUCAAGAAGCUGGCAAUGGCGACGCAGCUCGCGGUAUACAAGGACAUCAUCCCUGGAUACCGCAUACGACCGCUUACCGAAGCUGAUAUGGCUGCGAAGACGUCUAAAGAAGUGAAGAAGCUCCGAGCUUUUGAGCAAGGUCUCUUGCAUGGCUACAAGAACUAUGUCACCGCACUGGGACGUCUCGCAGUCUACAACCCAAAAUCCAAGCUGGAUGCACAGUCUGCCACGGCACYGGCAAGCGUUGCCAUCUCCUGUGCAUGUGCACUGAUGACCAGCGUGUCCCAUUUCAACUGCCGGCCGGAAUUGAUCGCGAUCCUGGUCAAGAAGUUGGCAAGUCGUAGCGUAGAUGCCGACUUCAUCAAAUGCAGGGAGGCGAUUGCGCAACUUUUCGAGGAAGAUGAAGGUGGCCAUGCUUCGCUGGAUGUCGUAGGGCAGUUGACACGCAUGAUGAAGGCGAAGAACUUUUACGUUCAUGAGAGCGUGGUCAACACAUUCCUUCAUUUGCGAUUGCUGAGCGAAUUUGCGCACAAGGCCUCAACCAACUCCAUCGACAAGGAUGCUCCUGACGCUUUGGUAUUGAAGAAGCCCAAGCAGAAGCGCGAGUUCCGCACGAAACGAGAGCGCAAAGUGCUGAGAGACCGCAAAGAAGUCGAGAAAGAGCUGAAAGAGGCUGACGCUGCCGUUUCCUACGAGGAACGUGAUAAGAACCAGUCGGAGACACUGAAACUUGUCUUUGUGGCCUACUUCCGCAUCCUCAAGGAACGUACCCAACACCUCAUGGGCGCUGUACUGGAAGGUCUUGCUAAAUWUAGCCAUCUCAUCAACCAAGACUUCUUCGGCGACAUCCUCGAGGCCCUGAAAGAUCUGAUCGACGAGGCCAACGCUGCACUACUCGCGCCAACUCCAGAUGAGGCCACUACCGACCAGGACCUGGCUGCAGACGACAAAGCCCAGCGAAAUGCGACCAGAGAGUCCCUGCUUUGCAUCAUCACAGCCUUUGCCCUGCUACAGGGACAGACAGAUGUGAUCAAGUCAGCCAAUAGUCUCAAUCUCGACCUCACUUUCUUCAUCACACACCUCUACCGCACCCUGAUCCCGCUUUCGAUGGACCCAGACAUCGAGCUCUCGGCAAAGAAGACACAGCAUCUCGCAGAUCCGAACCAUCUCCCCGUUCCGGGACAGUCAGAAAACAAAGUCAAUGUAGCCACAACGACCGUCCUCCUCCUGCGAUCUCUUUCCGCCGUGCUUCUACCUCCGACAGGAACAAAAAGUGUUCCUCCUGUUCGCGUGGCUGGAUUCACGAAACAAUUAGCGAGUCUGGCGCUGCAUGCGCCGGCUAAGACGACUAUUGCGAUUGUGGAAUUAUUGAAGCAAGUUACGAAAACGCAUGGCGGGAAGGUGGCGAGUUUGUGGAAUACAGAGGAGAGGAAAGGAGAUGGAGUAUUCAUGCCGCUUGCAGAAGGAGUGGAGGGAAGUAAUCCUUUUGCUGCUACCGUGUGGGAGGGAGAGCUCUUAAGAUGUCACUUUGACCCGAGGGUCCGGGAGGGAGUGAAGGUUGUUGAGGGAAAUGUUCGGACAGCGAGAGGAUAG